CGGUUUCUUUACGCCCGCAGAAACAGAAACAGCCUCUCCGGAGUAAACAAGUAUAGAAAGUGAAAGUGCUUUGGACUGUUUUCAAAACAUUCUGUCUUUAGUAAUACAUUUCAUUAUGCGUGGGGCAGGCUAAGUGACUAAUUCAGUACUGGACAUUCAUGGAGAAAAAAUGAUAAAUAGGACUACAGAAAAAUGCAAUAUGGGAGACAGCAGAAGCUUCGGAGGCUUUGGCAAAUCUAAUGGAAAUAAAACCAUUCUCUUUGAUUGUUGUUCACAACCGUUCGCGAAACCUACUUUUAGCCAUAAUCAGGUGAUCACAAAACCACUGAAGAAAUGUUAUAUUACAUGUAGGAACUUUUUAAAGACAUCCCAUAAAUAUAUCACCUACCAAACAAUCCAGUCACCCUCUCUGGAGGCAUCUAAAGCCACAACCACCAAACUGGUCACAGGACUACAUAGGAUAUCAAAGUGUGAAAACCAUCUCACCACCAGUCAUGAGGAGGACUACAGCCUGGCAGAGUGUCAACAGUUCAUCCUGCAGUGGGCAGAGGAGUUGAGCAAGUUACCAAUGACAUCUGUGGAGCCAAACAAGAGUUCACCUUCUAAGCUUCAGAGUGCUUGCUGGGAGGAGUAUGAGGUGGAGAAGAGAACAUGCCCAAAAGAGGCUGAGAGAAGACUUGCUGAAGCUCAAGGCGUCGUCUCAAACUGGGCUGCCCAACUACAAUUACCACCACAGGACUCUGUGUGUCGAAGACAGGAUGUGUGUUCAGUCCUACAGGAUCUGGAGAGGCAGUGGAAGAGAGGGACACUUCCCAGCAUGCUCUCUGCCAUGGACUUCCUCAUCUGGGCUGUGCUGAAGGACCAGCCUGACGAGGGCUCCAUCCCGCAGCUGUGGCUGAAAUCCAAGCAGAGGUUCAAACACACAGCUUCCAUCACAGUGAUUCCUGGACCAUUAUGGGACUGGAUUGGCAAGGCAGCAGUUGACAUUCUCUUGGACCCUGAAUCGGCCCAUCCAGAUUUCCUAAUAUCUAAGGAUCAGAAACGUCUGAAAGUGGGUAAACCAGAAGAGAGUAGACAUGAUCCUAGACACAAAUACGGUUGCCGUGGCAACAAGUACAAUGGGUGGUGGUGCACCCUGGGAACAGAAGGCUUUACCACAGGUAGACAUUACUGGGAGGUGGGGGUUGAAGGGAAGAUGGACUGGAGGAUAGGGGUUGCUAGGGAGUCCGCCCCGAGAAACGGCUUCAUUAAUCUGAACACGACGACGGGUUACUGGACACUGAGAAUGCAGGUUGACGGGCUCAAGGCUCUGAAGGUCCCGGCGGUUGAUAUCAGGAACCCUGGGCGUCUCGGCAGGAUUGGGGUCUACCUCGACAUUGAGCAGGGGCAGCUCUCCUUUUAUGAUGCGGUGAGGCGCAGCCAUAUCUACACCUUCAAUGACACGUUUUCUGAAAAGGUGUAUCCAGUUUUUGGCACAGUUGAGACUGACCGAGAGCUUAUUAUAGUAUAGCUCAUAGGUAAAUAGAGAAUGAUGUUGAGGUGUUCCAGUCAACCAGUUGUCAAGUAUCAAGACCACCAUUAGUAAUCUGUUCAAUCAAAAUGUAAAAUUAUAGUAAGUAUACUUUUGAGAGCUGAACAUUUCUUGCCAGUAGUUGAGUAAUCAGAACUCAAUUAUGCUUGGCUUUCCAUGCAUUUCAAAACAGGGAAGUGGAUCACAGAAAAAGCAUAUAAAUGUGCAGCGGUUAUGAAGCCUUUCAAGGAUAUUAUGAGCAGGAUAUUAUGCUAGCAGUGCUAACACUGAUUUUCCUUUUCAAAAUAAAAGCCAUCAUUGAAAUAUAUACGGUAAUAUAGUUAACAUCACUAUGCACUUUGCACUAGCAAUUUUUGUUUUCCUGGCAUCUAUUCAAUAAAGUAAUCUUUAUUUUUUUCAUAGUUAACAUGGGAUUACCAAUGCAAUUCAAUGUAUUUGCUCACAAAGUUAUGAAAAUGUAAGAUGGUUUGUGUUCUUUUUUAUCCGUAAGCAAUAAAAAAUAUAUAAUUAUGCUUUUAAA